AUGAGGAAGUGUCCAAAUCAUGGGAUCACUAUUGGAAAUCAAGUACAGUAUUUCUACACGGGACUUUCAUCAUUAUCCAAAUCUCAAGUGGAUUCCUCUGCAGGCGGAUCGAUCAUAGGGAAAUCAGUGCAACAUUGUAUGGAUCUCUUUGAGUUGAUUGCUACUACUCAUUCCAUGUUUUCAUCAGAAAGAGUGGUGCCUCCAAAAACAGCGGGAAUAUACGAAGUAGACAGCUCAGCGUUGACCAACGCCCAAAUAGCAGCAUUGACAAAACAAGUGGAGUUAUUGGUGAAGUCACAAACAAAAGGAGCACAUGCAGUGAUAGCCGGUCCAUCAUGUGAGAACUGCGGAGCUAAUCAUCUAAUAGAAAAUUGCACAUUUUUAGGCUUUCCAGAGGAACAAAUCAACUUCAUUCAAAAUGGCUCUCGAAAUUUUAAUCCCUUUUCACAGACAUUUAACCCAGGAUGGAGACAACACCCAAACUUCAGAUGGUCGGAUAAUCAGCAAGGGAGCAGUUCAAACAAUAACCAGCCAGAGAAAAGACCAAAUUUGGGGGAGAUGUUCAACCAGUACAUGCAGAAGACAGAUAAGGUAUUCCAACAGAUUGACACUAACUUUCAGAAUCAGCAAGCAUCUAUUAAGAAGCUGGAAACUCAAAUUGGUCAGAUAGCUCAACAGCUUGUAGAACGCCCACAAGGGACUUUGCCAGGCAACACAAUGGUCAAUCCAAAAGAGCAAGUGCAAGCUAUUACAACUAGAUGUGGAGUGCAACUUCCAGAGAUACAUGUGAAGAGACCAGAUAGAAAAGGCAGAGAAAUAAUGGAUGAAGAGGUUGGGACAAAAGCAGAGUCUGAACAACCAACUAACGAGGAGGAUAAAAGGAAAGAAACAUCCACGGUGAGAGCACCCACCCCCGUGAAAGCUUAUGUGCCACCAAUUCCCUUCCCUCAAAGGUUACAGAGAAAGAAGUUGGACAAAUAA